UAUCGGGCAUCCGCGAAAUGAAAAUUUUCCUUUCCUUCCUUCCUUGCGGUGCAAAAAUUAGAAAAAUGAACAUGGAAGAAAGGGCAAAGUUGGACUCGAUCCUGCCCUAUCUACCAUUAGUAAUUGGAUCUUCCUGGCGUCUGUUUUGGCCGUCGAAAGUGGUAGAGGCUCUCGAGGCAAUGGCUAGCGGUCCUGAUUACAGCCGAGUCAACUGUGGCGAAGUCCUCUUCAUUGCCAUUUCCGACAUGAGAGCCUCUGUCUCCCUCCGUGAACCUCUCGCUCCCUUUGCCCCCCAAGGCUACGCCCUCUUCUUCGAUGAGCUCAUGUCUGGGGCAGACUCCACAAAAUGGUUUGCCGAGGUUAUUCCAAAACUAGCCAAUCUGCUCUUGCGGUUGCCUUCCCUUGUAGACUUUCACUAUCAGAAUACCCAGACUUAUGGAUACGGUCUCCGCAUCUUGGGUCCGCAGCAACCUGGCAUAGUGCUUCUUUCCCAGGAAUUGAUCGGCGCCCUACUUGCAUGCUCUUUGUUUUGUUUGUUUCCUGUCGCUAAUAGGGGCCUAAAAGACCUUCCAACCAUCAACUUUGAUAAAUUGUUUGCGAGUCUCAAUGAUAGUUACAGUGAAAACCAGGAAAAUAAAGUGAGGUGCAUCGUGCACUAUUUCCAAAGGAUAUGUUCACAAAUGCCUGCUGGCUUUGUCUCAUUUGAGCGUAAGGUUCUCCCUUUAGAACAUCAUCCUGAGCAAUUGUGCGUUUCUUAUCCAAAUGCUGAUUUUUGGACCAAAUCAACUAUCCCCCUCUGCCCUUUUCAGGUUCACAGCUCAGGCUUAAUAGAAGAUCACUCUACUGGGGCUCUAGAAGUGGAUUUUGCAAAUAAGUAUCUUGGAGGUGGUGCUCUAAAUAGGGGCUGUGUGCAGGAAGAAAUUCGCUUCAUGAUCAAUCCUGAAUUGAUAGCUGGCAUGCUUUUCCUGCCUUCCAUGGCAGAAAAUGAAGCUAUAGAAAUUGUUGGAGCAGAGAGGUUCUCUGACUAUAUGGGAUAUGCCUCUUCGUUUCGGUUUUCUGGUGACUAUGUGGACAAAAGGAGUAUUGACUUCCUUGGUAGACGGAAAACCAGAAUCGUUGCUAUAGAUGCUUUAUGCAGUCCAAGAAUGAAACAGUACCAACUUAAGUACCUUCUUCGGGAGACUAAUAAGGCAUUCUGUGGCUUUUUGGAUCAAUCAAAGUAUAGGCAGUACAUGAGACUGUUCAAGAUAAUGGACACAGUGCAGUUAAAUGAAGCUCCCUCUACGUCUAUUGAAACAAAUGGAGGAUCUAUGACGGAGGAAGUCAGAAAAUCUGAUGAAAAAGAUGGUCAAUCUAUGGACCCCGAAAAUUGUAGUGGGAUAGCAACGGGAAAUUGGGGCUGUGGUGCAUUUGGAGGAGAUCCUGAACUAAAGGCCAUAAUUCAGUGGCUUGCUGCUUCUCAGGCUUUAAGACCUUUCAUCACAUACUACACUUUUGGUCUGGAGGCACUGCAAAGUCUUGAUGAGGUGAAUAAAUGGAUCAUAUUGCACAAAUGGAAUGUUGGAGAUCUUUGGAACAUGUUGAUAGAAUACUCGUCCCAGAAAUUGAGGGGAGAAACAAACCUUGGCUUUUUUGCUUGGCUUCUUCCUUCACUGCCUCCCUGCGAAGCAGUUGAACCGGCCAAAUAAUACAUUAUAAUGCUUUAAAUAAUUGACUUUGUUUUAUGUCCACCAUUUUUCUGUAUGAGCAUUUCUGCCGAGUGAAUAUUUGUCAAAUUUUAGUUAUGUACCUCUGUGGUGGUUGCUGUGCGGUGCCUCCUUAGUUUUUUA